AAAUUAUCAUGUCGCCGAACGCGAGGCCGAUAUGAUGCAGAUCACGCCUCGGUGUCCUUGAAGUCUCGGCUCUUCUUUUUUUUAUCUUGUAUCUUGCUCUGCCUCAGUCCCACUGCCUGGCGGAGACAUGCGCGCACCCCGCCUGGCACUAGCUGCUCGGCACCUGUCGUUGAGGAGCAAAGCAUCCGUCGCGUCUCCUGCAGUGAUAACGCUCCCAGCGCGUCGCUACGUGGCCAGUGGAGGUAGCAACGCCAGGCCCAGGCCCAUUUCGAGGUUGCUGGAGUGGGAACCGCAGGAGGGGGCUCGCGAUGUCGUCGUCAAUGGCUUCAUCCGAUCCGUGCGGUCCAUGAAGUCACGCUCCUUUGUCGCUCUUGGAGACGGCUCAUCCCUUGCUUCUCUGCAGGCCCUCGUACCCUCGAGCCAGGCCGAAGGUCUCGCCAUCGGGGCGGCCGUUCGUCUGACCGGCUCCUGGGUUCCCUCCAAGGGCAGCGGACAAUCCCAUGAGCUGCAGGUGGACACCGUCCAAGUCUUGGGUCCUUCCGACCCAAAGACAUUUCCGAUUCAGAAGAAGUACCAGACUCCUGAAUACCUGCGUACCAUACCUCAUCUUCGGCCGAGAACCCCCUUCAACUCCGCCAUCCUCAGGCUUCGGUCCGAAAGCAUCGCAUCUUUGAACCACUUCUUUGCCACUCGUGAUUUCGUCCAGACUCACCCUCCCAUCCUGUCCUCGUCUGACUGUGAGGGCGGUGGGGAGGUUUUCAAGGUCGCCCCUGCGCAUCAGGACGACGGCGAGGACGCCGAUGCGUUUUUUCGGGCACCCAAAUACCUCACCGUGUCGACCCAGCUCCAUCUUGAGGCACUCGCACAGGCCGUCGGGAAUGUGUGGACCCUGUCCCCGACCUUUCGUGCAGAAAAGAGCGACACUUCGAGACAUUUGAGCGAAUUCUACAUGCUCGAGGCCGAGAUGGCCUUUGUAGAUCACUUGGGUGGUGUCAUGGACAUUGUGGAAGAGAUGCUGCGCCAUCUGACCACAAGUCUCUACGAGUCUCGAGUUGCCCGGGAGCUUCGUUCCCCAGCCCAAGACAGGGCCUCUGGCGAGAGCGCCGCGGACAGGGCCACUCCAGAAGAAGUGGAGAGGAGAUGGCAGGGGAUGAUGCAAUCUUCCUGGCCGCGUGUGACCUAUGCUGAAGCCAUCGAUGUCCUGGAGAGAGAUGCCGGGCUCUUCAAGCAGCCGCCGUCUUGGGCCGCAGGGCUGCAGUCUGAGCACGAAAAAUACAUCGCUCACGUGGUCGGAGGUGGCAAGCCUGUCUUUGUUACGGACUACCCAUCAGAGCUCAAACCUUUCUAUAUGCGUGCAACCCCGGAAACCGGCUCGCCAGGUCACCACACAGCCGACUGCUUCGACCUCCUGGUGCCAGAAUAUUGCGAGAUUGCCGGCGGCUCGAUGCGUGAACACCGCCUGCCAGAGCUCCUGGAUUCCAUGAAGAGGCACAACAUGUCCACGCCUGCUCUCGAUGGCGCUGGUCUUCCAGCUGCGGGGUCCGCGACGUCGCCCCCCGGUAGCCUGGAUUGGUACGUUGACCUGCGACGUUGGGGGUGUCCUCCCCACGGGGGUUUCGGACUUGGCUUCGAUCGUCUACUCGGUUAUCUGUCUGGGGUUCAGAGCAUCCGGGACACGGUGACCUUCCCCCGCUGGCACGGUCGAUGUGACUGUUGAGCGGCACACAGGCACAAUGGAUCUAGAUGAUCUCGGGCACAGAUCGGUCCAUCUAGACAGCUCUCCAUGCUGUGCUCGUCAAAGCUUACCUACUUGGGACGUCCAAGGCCGGAUCGUGCUACCAACCACAAUAAACAGGUCCUGCGACACGACGCCGGUCAUGUCUCGCUGGCAAUUAAUCAUGCAGCCUUCCUUACGAGGAUUAUGGAAGACCAUUUCCUGGCCAGAGCACGGCUCCAAGGAUGAGGCUUACGAAUGACAGGUUUCGAGAUGUUUUCCGGGCGACCUCCCGUGUGACAUCUCUAGAAAUUACGGCCGCACGUCCAAUAAAUCCUCGUAAGUAAGCGGCGCGACUGCACACUGCCGCCUCGCUCGCACGGGUUGAAAACGUUUCUAGCCGUCCUUUGUAUGGAUGCCCUCUCUAGGAGAUGCUGCCACAAUCUACUACCGAGCAUAUCAACCACACUCUCUCCCGUCGCAACCUAUGUCCAUCACGUACGAUACUUUGAUAGUGUACUCCUCGCCUCUUUUCUUGCUGUUGUCGUGCAGCUGGGCCGUUGUUCGUGGAGUCUUUUGUCCAUGUUUCUCGCCAUCGCGCCGAGUGGUUCACUUAAACUACAGGCUUGCUGGCAGUCCUGAACACCCCCUCCCCCUCCCCCGAGCAUCCCAUGUAACGGGUCGAUGGAUCAGCCUAUUGUCCAAGAGAGCAGGUAUCGGCUGGACGAAGCCGGGCUCGGCAGUUUGUUUCAGCCCGCAAUCUGAGGCGCUGUCAAUUCAUCCCGUCUGAAGUUCUUUGCCCACGGCAGAAAGGCAGGAUCUGCAAGAGUCAUUCUAGCGAUUACUAGGCGGGUCGUUGGCUUGCAUCAAGUCGGAGGCAUCGCAGUAGUUCUGCCUCGAACUCAUCAUGAGGUGCCGUCCUUGGAGCACGGGAGCAUGCCGGUGUAUGCUCUACGACUGAUCCACAAGAUAUCAACAUCGCCAAGUCAAACUCUAUUGUGUGGUGGAUAAGACCGCUUGUGAGAGGGGCUGGCAGUAAACCAGAUACAGUGCCCUGGGCUGCGAAAGUGUGUUGAUCUACGGCAAUGAGUGGCGUGAAGCGACGCUAUCUCUCCUCGCCUCGCAACGUCAACCAACUCACUGGGCGGCUUCCCAUUCACUGGGCCCGCGAGAGCAUCGCGUGCCAACAAGACUUUUGCACUGGGGCUACAUGUGCCACAGGUGGAGCCGUCUUGAGUAUUCUCACAUCUAGCUCUACUGUCGUGCAUUUGCCGCGAACUGGUGGCCGUUUACACGAAUAACUCGCGGCUCGGCGGGCAAUCACGCGUGUCAGCAAUGGGUGCCCAACACACCCGAUUGUUCGCAGCCGAACUGCAACUGCCAGCAGCGAGUCGAAGCCGAUCUUCGGGAGCGCAUCGCGGGUAAUGGCUGUCUGCCAGGCAGGAAUGGUGAAGACAAGCCGCCGUGGGUUCGCAUUGGACAAACCCUACAUCGGUAGUCUGUCUGGUGGAAAGUAUUGAAAAAUCAAAUACAGAGGCCCGGACAGGGAAAACCUCGCAAAGGUCCACGUUCGCGGGUGUUGAAGCAUGCCGGGGUGACUAUUGCAAGCCGACCAGUUGGCUAUGCUACUCGCACACGCAGGUGGCGGACACUUCGAGGGCCCGACGAGGGCGGUCAGUCAGGCAAAGGUGACGAGUGUCUGGGCAGCCGUCCACGUAGUCGGGCAUCGUGGCCCUUCGGGAUUGGGAGUUUCACGGACUCCGCAAUCUAAUAGGGCUAAGUCGUCCAAGAUUUUGACCGCCGAUGACAAUACCGCAACUGGUUCAUGCAAUGCUUGGGCUAUGAGUCGCCAUCUCGGAUCUGGAGCAGUGUUUUGUCUGUGCGUAUUUUGCACCCACGCGAAGAAAAGUUUACGCAUAGCAUAGUUCACCGCAAUCAUCCCUUCGGCGACGGCGGGAGCUACCGCAGAAAUAAACCUUGUCUUGGGUUGUUGGAACUCAGGCCGGCUCCUCCCCACACUUGAUUGAGUUCAUGACAAAGUUAAGCCUAUGGUGUCACCGCCAGCCCUGUCUAUUGAGCUGAAUUAGCAACCCGCGCAAUGCCCUGGCCAUGCACAGGUAUUUACGCGACAGCUAGGCAUUGGCCGGCUUGUAGGAGAAAUAGUGCGAUAGUUUGCGUAUGAGAACCCGAAAUGCCAGGCGACCGCGCGCCCCUAUCUAGGCUUCGUUCCCGACAUGCAUUACUUUGUUUGGCUUAUGCUCCAGAAAUGUGAAGUGAUGAAGUCAGCCCGCUCUGCACACGAGUCGGGACGCCCC